AUGAGUCCUUCGCCCGAGAGCACAAUCAAGCUCACUACUAGUACCUCUGGUCUGUUUACAGAGGAUGAGUUAGUGAUAGGGUGCAAAGUCUGGGCUCUCAAGGACAAUGAACACCGUCUAGCGGAGAUCCUUCACAAGCAAGAGAGAAGAGGCAAAAAGGAGUACUAUGUCCACUACCAAGAAUAUAAUAAGCGUUUAGAUGAAUGGAUUGGAGUCGAGCGGAUUGAUUUCAACCGCCAACUUAUUCUCCCCGAAGUUAAAGUUGAAGAUGACAAGAAGAAGAAGAGCUCGAAGAGUAAGGCCUCCAAAAACUCCAAGGAAUCCAAGACUAGCAAGACCAGCAAGACUAGCAAAGAUAGCAAGUCCAAAGAUGAGUCUAAGACAUCCAAGCUGUCACCUCAGGAGGCUGACCUGCCAGGACUCGAUGACGAUGAGUUGGAUUUAGAUAACUUGAACGUUCAAGGUCUCAAGCGUCACGGCGAAGACUUAUCUCGAGAGGAUGAAAUAAAGAAGUUACGGACGGGGGGUUCGAUGAUUCAAAGUCACAGUGAAGUUCUGCGGGUUCGGAAUUUGGGCACAGUGAUUCUUGGAGAGCACAUUUGCGAGCCUUGGUAUUUCUCACCAUAUCCCAUUGAGCUUACAGAAUGCGACGAAAUUUACAUCUGCGACUUCACUUUACUGUACUUUGGCAGCAAGAAGGAAUUUGAACGAUUCCGUAAAAAGUGCUCAAUGACGCAUCCCCCUGGCAACGAAAUCUAUCGCGACUCAAAGGUCAGCUUUUGGGAGAUUGAUGGCCGCAGACAACGAACUUGGUGUCGAAAUUUGUGCUUGCUUUCGAAGCUCUUUUUGGACCACAAGACGGUGUAUUAUGAUGUGGAUCCUUUCAUGUUCUAUGUAAUGACGAAGAAGCUGGAAAACGGCCACCAUAUCGUUGGAUACUUUUCAAAAGAAAAGGAAAGUGCCGAAGGGUACAAUUUGGCAUGUAUUUUGACACUUCCAUGCUAUCAAAAGAUGGGCUACGGUAAAUUGUUGAUCCAAUUCAGCUACAUGCUUUCGCAGAUUGAACAUAAAAUUGGCAGUCCAGAAAAACCAUUAUCAGACUUGGGUUUACUUUCAUACCGUGCAUUUUGGACCGACACGUUGGUGAAGCUUUUAGUUGAACGCAACAAUCCUCUGUUAUACAAGAAAAACAAUCCUAACGACAGUGAUGACGAGGACGCCCCAAAGGGAAACGCACUGGAGAUUACCAUCGAGGAGAUAUCAGCGCUUACGUGUAUGACGACCACUGAUAUACUCCAUACUCUCACCACUCUUCAAAUCUUGCGUUAUUACAAGGGCCAACACAUUAUUGUCAUAACCGACCAGAUUAUGACAUUGUACGAGAAGCUUGUGAAAAAGGUCAAGGAGAAAAAGAAACAUGAACUUGAUAAGCGCAAGCUCAACUGGACGCCUCCAUUGUUCACUGCCAAUCAAUUAAGAUUCGGGUGGUAA